GCUAACGUUACAGUUUCACUGUCUGUUUAUUCUGAAUAUCUUACAACACUGAGUGUAGUCCUUCAGUGCCUCGUCAUGUGAACACCACAGGAUGGCGCUAACAAACAACAUGCAAUGAAUGCAGCGUCAGAUAAGCUAGAGCAGGCGGUGUCCUCAGGAAGUUGGCAUAAUGUCAUCCUCCAAUGAGAAGCGCCCAUAAUACUCUCAACUGCGGUCUGUGUGCGGCUCAUAGACUGUAAAAUAAGGUACGGCUCCAUAUUGGAUCGGUCUUUUCUUUUGCACUUGCACUGGAGCUCUGCUGCAUAUAGUCUAACGUACGGCCAGGCAGCCAGCCGGCUCUGCUUCCCGGGGCUCAGGUGUGAGGGAUGUAGCUGACAACCGGCGCUGUCACGAACAAAUGUUCCUGAGAGCUGUGUAUCACACAGCGGCGUCAUUCCCACAGUUUUGAACGGGGCUGAGAAAUUAGGUUAGAGGCGCACCUGGAGAACGGAGUGGAAAGUGGCAUGCAGGCGGAGGAAGAAAUAAUUGGAUUGAGAUAACGCCACACGGUCAUGAUGUUCACGCUAUCUGAGAUUGCAUCCUUGAAUGACAUCCAGCCAACGUACCGCAUCCUAAAGCCAUGGUGGGACGUCUUCAUGGACUACCUGGGGCUGGUCAUGCUGAUGCUGGCCAUAUUCGCCAUGACCAUGCAGAUCACCAAGGACCAGGUGGCUUGCCUUCCGUGUCAAGAUGAGCCGGAGGAGGCCACGGCAGGGGCUAUGUCUAACUCGCCCACGCAGCAGAGCACACAGAAAGCAGCCUUCUCAGCAGCCACCGGAGUCCCUCUGGCAACCACCUUCCCCCUAGUCUCUAAGGACUUACCAGACGACGUUGCACACGAGAUCCAUGUCACACACCAACACACUGCUGUGGCGGCAGAGAAAUAUAUCAAUCAACCUGGACCCACAGGGAUCAGGACCAACCUGGACUUUCAACAAUAUGUCUUCAUCAACCAAAUAUGUUACCAUGUUGCCUUGCCCUGGUAUUCCAAGUACUUUCCCUACCUUGCCCUCAUCCACACCAUUAUUCUUAUGGUCAGUAGCAAUUUUUGGUUCAAAUACCCCAAAACGAGCUCCAAGAUUGAGCAUUUUGUUUCAAUUCUAGGUAGAUGUUUUGAGUCUCCCUGGACUACGAAGGCUUUGUCUGAAACCGCUUGUGAGGACUCUGAGGAGAACAAACAGCGGUUGACCGGCACCACCUUAGCACCAAAGCAGGUCUCUUUAGAAGGGAAGGAUGAAAGCUCAAAUGUCAGCCCAACCACACCCAUGCUCGGGCUGAAGUUCUCUGCCGAUAAGCCCAUCGCAGAGGUCCCAAGUAGCAUGACAAUCCUGGACAAAAAAGAUGGGGAGCAGGCCAAAGCCCUGUUUGAGAAAGUCCGAAAAUUCCGAGCUCAUGUGGAGGACAGCGAUUUCAUCUACAAGCUUUAUGUAGCGCAGACCGUUGUCAAAACGGUCAAGUUUAUUUUGAUAUUAUCCUACACUUCGACCUUUUUGGCUGAAAUAAAUUUCAAGCACAAUUGUGAGCCUGAUAUCAAACAGCUAAUAGGAUACACAAAGUUCUUAUGUACGCACAACAUGGCUUUCAUGCUAAAAAAGCUGCUUGUUAGCUACAUGACUUUGAUUUUGAUCUACGGGAUGGCUUGCCUGUACUCUCUCUUCUGGGUGUUCCGCCGGCCUCUGAAAGAGUACUCAUUCGAGAAGGUCCGGGAAGAGAGCAGCUUUAGUGACAUUCCUGAUGUCAAAAACGACUUUGCAUUCCUUUUACACAUGGUUGACCAAUACGACCAGCUCUACUCCAAGCGCUUUGGCGUCUUCUUGUCCGAGGUCAGCGAAAACAAGCUCAGAGAGAUCAGCCUUAAUCACGAGUGGACCUUUGAAAAACUAAGGCAGCUUGUGACCCGUAACGCCUCGGACCAGCAAGAGCUGCACCUUUUCAUGCUCUCUGGUAUUCCGAAUGCAGUGUUCGACAUCACAGACUUGGAAGUGCUGAAACUGGAGCUGAUUCCUGAGGUGAGGUUCUCGGCAAAGGUCUCCCAAAUGACCAGCCUGGUGGAGCUGCAUCUCUGCCACUGUCCGGCCAAAGUAGAGCAGACAGCGUUUGCUUUCCUGCGUGACAGUCUUCGCUGCCUUCAUGUCAAGUUCACUGACGUUGCCGAGAUCCCAGCAUGGGUGUAUUUGCUGAGGAGUUUGAGGGAGCUCAACCUAAUCGGCAACUUGAGCUCAGAAAAUAACAAAAUGAUUGGUCUAGAGUCCAUGCGAGAUUUGAGGCAUUUGAAGACAUUAUGCUUGAAGAGCAACCUCACAAAAAUGCCCACCAACAUCACAGAGCUGUCGCCACAUCUGAUUAAGCUAGUGGUGCACAAUGACGGUACCAAACUUGUGGUACUAAACAGUCUGAAAAAAAUGACAAAUAUAAUUGAUCUGGAACUGCAUACGUGUGAACUGGAGAGGAUUCCCCAUGCUAUUUUCAGCUUGACCAACCUACAGGAACUUGACCUGAAAUCUAACAACAUCCGAACCAUCGAGGAGAUCAUCAGCUUCCAGCACCUCAAGAGGCUGACGUGCCUUAAGCUGUGGCACAACAAAAUCAUCACCAUCCCAUCCUCCAUCGGCCAGAUCAAGUCUCUGGAGUCUCUCCACCUCUCCCACAAUAAACUGGAGUCCCUGCCUCCUGCCUUGUUCAUGCUGCCUAAACUGCGGCACUUGGACGUGGGCCACAACUCCAUCACAGUGCUCCCUCUGGAUGUGGGUCUCCUCCACAAUCUCCAGCACUUGGCCAUCAACUCCAACAAGCUGGAGGUGCUGCCCAAGUCUCUGUUCAGAUGCACCAAGCUCAAGGUGCUGUGUCUGGGGAACAAUGCGCUCACCGUGCUGCCAGAGACCGUGGGCCAACUGGUCCAGCUCACUCAGCUGGAGCUGAGAGGGAACUGUCUGGACAGACUGCCCGCCCAGCUAGGAAACUGUCGCCUGCUGCGCAAAAGCGGCCUGGUUGUGGAGGACCAUCUCUUUGACGCAUUGCCGGUGGAGGUUAAGGAGAGCAUUAGCCGAGAGAACAACACUUCCUUUACGAGUGGCUUAUAGCACAAAAAAAACCACUGGUUCAUGAGUUCAUGACAAUCCUGCAUAAUGGAUGUAAGAGUAGACUCUUUAUUAUUGUAAUAUCCCUAAAAAUGAAUGCAUUUCUCUUGAUUAUUUUAAUGAGUUGUCUUAGUUGCUUAUAUAUUAAAAUUGUAUAUAUUGCUUUCCUUGUUGCUGAGUAUCUAUUAUAGUUCAGCAAUGUUUUGGCAUUUCAUAGCUUUGAGUAACAAAACAUUAGAAAUUUAGCUUCUUUAUGUCCUACUCUAUAGACCAAAACUGAUUGCUCCAAUGACACAUUAUGUAGAUUUGUCAUUGUUGUUUUAGGUACUCAGGUAUAAUUGUAACCAUGCGGAACAAUCUUUUUUGCCUUAACUGCUGCUAUUGCAUUUUUUUUUUUUUUUACUUUUUACAGUGAGGGCUUUCACUAGCCUGACAGAUUCUAGUCAGAAUGUGAACUUCCCGACCUUGAAUGUUGUGGGCGGGGCUAAGUUCGGCUGGCAUCCAGGCUAGGCUUUCACUAACAAAAGGCCAAAAAUUAAUAUUUAAUGUUUUCUUGUCAGUUUUACAUACAGUUACUAUCAACGGAGCAAUUACAUGCUACGGAAAGAGGACACAAUGGAAUGCUUCUUUAAUACCCCAAGAAGCUAUGUUACACAUCCCAGUGAAGCCAGCAGUCAACUCAAAAAUCAGGUCACCUGGCAAGGCUGCUAAG